GUUUCCAAAAGGAAAGAGAGGGAACAAAGUUGCCAGACCCCUAGUUCAUUCUUGCUGAGUGGAGACCAAGGCAGGAGCCAUGAGCUGGGCUAGAAGCAGAACCACCAGCAGCAGCAGGGAAGGGGCUGCCUCCCCCUGGGGACCCCGGGGCUCUGGGGCCAGGGAUUGCCCCUGCCCAGGCGAAGAGUCCCAGGAGGAGCCCAGGGUUUGGAACCAGGAGGACACCAGGGACCAAGCCCCGCCUGGGGAGCAGCCUGCGAGUGCAUAUGUUGUGAUAGCCCCAAAUCCAACAAGGAGGGAUCAGUUACAGAAAAUUGCUAAUAAAGAGUUGGAGGACCUAGCAAAGUGGAAGGAACAGCACAGGCCAGGAGUGAUUAGAUUGCCGCCCCAGAAACUGGGUGGGAAGGCAUCAGAGGCUGAAGUGAGGCAGAAGCAGCUAUUUGAACACAAGCAGUCUAAAUACCAGCAAAAGUUGAAGAAAGAAAAAUAUGAAACAAUCAAGAGGGAGGCAGAAGAAGCAGACAUUCUGAAAAAGAAAGCUAUUCAAAGAGAAAAGGCCAAGAAACUUGAAGAAAAACAAAGACAACAAGAAUGGCAAAGGCAUCAGAUGCUUGAUGAAGACUACCUUUUAAAAACCACUGAAUUUUUAAAUAGAUUAGAUUUUGGCUCAUCCAACCAAAGAACCUGUCAAACAGACUGCUCUAGCCUGGAAUCCACUGCCUGGGCCAGAAGCCACACAUACAGGCAACUCCAAAGGCAAGAGGAAAAUAGAAAGCUGCAGGAGAUGAAGGAAGAACAGCGAAGAAAGGCUGAAUUAUUGGAACUCAAACAAAAGCAAGAGGAGAAAAUGAGAAUGAGAACACAUCGGAAUGAACAGCAGAGGGUGAAUAAUGCAUUUCUGGACAGGCUACAAAACAAUAACCAGCCAGGUGGCAUUUACCAGUCUGGAUAUCUUGGGAAUAUGGGUUUUACUGCUGACAGCUGGGAAUCUCGAUAUUUCCAGUAAAAUGUGAGCUAUUAUACAAAAACAAUUAGACAGGAUUCCUGACACAGCAGUUGGAAAAGUUACCUUACAAAAAGCUUCAGGGAUUAUUUUUCCUUCCUAUCUCACAUCCUUUUAUUCAGCCAUGUUUGUUUGACCUGUUGUCUCUUCUGUUAUUCAGAAGUGUUUCAAACUAUUGAUUAUGGUUCUGGUAUUAAAUCUGAAAGAAAAUCUCUCUCUCUCUCUCUCUCCCUCCCUCCCUCCCUCCCUCCCUCUCUCUCUCUCUCUCUGUCUCAUAGUUUCUGUGUCCCAGUCUUGUACCACUAGAGAUGGCUUUUUAAAAAAAAUAUUCUAUGGGAAUAGCAGUAAUAUGUCAUUACUCCCCUAACAAACCCAUCUGAGUUGUAGACACUGGACAGUUUUGUCUGUUUGUGAAUUCGCAUUUUUAAAAUGUUGCUGAGACAGAAAAGAACUCUUAUACUGCGGACUUUAACUGGUUUUAAUUCAAUUUUCUUGUGUGGAAAAGCAUGCAAAAUAUCAAAUGAAUAAAAGUUUUAAAUCAUCCUG